AAUUAGAAGAAAUGUAAAUAUAAAAAGACAUUAUUGGUGGGAGAAAAAUACUAAAGGAGGUAGUGAAGAUCAAACAAGAGUUAUUGCAAAGACAACAGUACACUAACUGCAAAGAGCAACAAAGAGAAAGAAAAAGAAGUGAAAGAGACGAGAGAGAGAGAGUGCAUAUGUGAGUGUGCCUUGUUAGAGAGAAGAAAGAAUUCAAGAAGCUUUCAAUUUCUCAGAAGUGAAAAGGAUGUUUGAAAACUCUUCAUCCUUUCAUACUCUUCUUCAUCUUUAAGAUUUGUUUAUGUCCGAGCCCGAUCGAUCUUUUUUUAUUGAUCAAUUCAAUUGAAUUUGAAAGCAAAAGAUAAUAAUGGUGAAGUUUAUGAUGAAGAUGUUAAGAUGGGAAUAGCAACAACACAAUCAUCAAUUCCUUCAACUUUCUCAAAUUCAUCAAACACUUACCAAUAUCAUAAUUCUUCCUUUAAUUCAAUCUUACAAAAGUCUCAAAAUUCAACCAAUUCUAUGUCACAAGAUUAUCACCACCACCACCAGCAAGGAAUUUUCAACUUCUCGAACGGAUUCGAGAGGUCGAACACUCCAUUAGAAACCAACAAUUCACCAAACCACCAACAACAACAAAUUCAAAGAGACAAAGUCAGACUACAUGGCUUCGACUCACAACAACAACAACAACCACCACCACAACCGUCUUUAAUCGGCGGUAUAGAAGAAGAACAAGAAGCUCUCCCGGUUUAUGAAACAACCGGAAUGUUGUCUGAGAUGUUCAAUUUCCCUCACGGCGCCUCUUCUGCAGCUGAAUUAUUAGAGCAACAACAACAGCAGCAACAACAACUGGCAUCCACACGAACACCACCACCGCCACAUGGAAUAACCAAUUCCAAUGACUGGUACGGUAACAGACAAUCAAUUUUAACAGAUUCAAAAAAUCAUAAUAAUAACCGUGACAGUAGCAGCAGCAACAGCAGCAUAUUUCAUCAUCAUCAGAUGUCAAACAUAAAUGCUGAGUCAGCAGCUGCCAUGCAGCUUUUUCUCAUGAAUCCACAAACCACCAGAUCCCCUUCUCCUCCACCAUCUACUAAUUCUUCAACUCUUCACAUGUUACUUCCAAAUCCUUCAACAACAAAUCUUCAAGGUUUUAACUCCGGAACCACCGGAGGGUCAUUUGGUCAAUUCACAUGGGGACAAGAAGGAGCAGGAGGAGGAGCAACAACAAGUCAUCAUCAUCAUCAUCAUCAUCAACUCAACAAUAACCAACCUGAGAUUGCAAGUGUUGUUGAAGGACAAGGUCUUUCAUUAUCUUUAUCUUCUUCCUUACAACAACAACAACAUCAUUCAGAUGAAUUAAGAAUGGGUGACCCUGCUGGUUUUUUAUAUUACAAUCAAGGUGGAGCCGGAGGAGUAGGAACUUCUUACAAGAACAUUGGUGGUGUUCAUCAUCAUUUACAAGGAACUGGAUUAGGACAAAUUAAUCAUAUUCAUCAUGGACAUGUUGGAUUUGGUUCAUCAUCUUCUCCUUCUUCAUUAGGUGUUGUUAAUGUGUUGAGAAAUUCAAAGUAUGUUAAAGCUGCUCAAGAAUUGCUUGAAGAGUUUUGUAGUGUUGGAAGGGGUCAAUUCAAGAAGAAUAAAUUUAGUAGACAAUUAUCAAACCCUAAUUCAAAUCAAGGCGGCGGCGGUGGCGGUGGUGGUGGUAGUGUUGGUGGUGCUUCUUCAUCUUCUUCAAAAGAUGUUUCACCUUUGUCACCAGCUGAUAGGAUUGAGCAUCAAAGAAGGAAGGUCAAACUUCUAACAAUGCUUGACGAGGUGGACAGAAGAUACAGUCAUUACUGUGAACAAAUGCAAAUGGUAGUGAACUCAUUUGACUUAGUAAUGGGAUAUGGUGCUGCAGUUCCAUACACAGCAUUAGCACAAAAAGCAAUGUCACGCCAUUUUCGUUGUUUAAAGGAUGCAAUAACAGCACAGUUGAAACACAGUUGUGAGUUAUUAGGAGAGAAAGAUGGUGUGGGGACCUCAGGUUUGACUAAAGGAGAAACACCAAGACUUAAAUUGCUUGAACAAAGUUUAAGACAACAAAGAGCGUUUCAUCAAAUGGGGAUGAUGGAACAAGAAGCUUGGAGACCACAAAGAGGUUUGCCUGAACGUUCUGUCAAUAUUUUGAGAGCUUGGCUUUUUGAGCAUUUUCUUCACCCGUACCCUAGCGAUGCAGAUAAGCAUCUCUUAGCAAGACAGACUGGCCUUUCCAGAAAUCAGGUAUCAAACUGGUUCAUUAAUGCUAGAGUUCGUUUGUGGAAACCCAUGGUAGAAGAUAUGUACCAACAAGAACUUAAAGAAGCUGAAGCAUCAUCAGAAAGAGAUGAAGAAGAUCAUCAAGAAAAUAAUAACAAGAAUCAUCAAACCAGUACAAGCAACAACAACAUCACUAGUGGUCACAUAUCUACAACUACAAAUAUUGCACAAACUCCAACACCACCUUCAACAACAACAACAACACAACCUACUAGUAACAACAAGAGAUCCAACAACAAUAUUAUUACUAUCAAUGCCAAUGAAAAUGACCCAUCACUUACACCAAUAAUAAAUAGUAAUAGACAAUUACCCUUCUCGGAAAACCAAUCUGCCACCCAAAAAACCACCGUAUCUGAGGUGGCGCCACCUAUCUCCGAUUCAAUGAAUAUUGAUGACACGUGUCGACAUGGAAGCUUUGUUACAGGUGAAUAUGGGUCCACUUCAGCUGACACACUCAUUAGAUUUGGGACCACUACUUCUGGUGACGUGUCACUCACUUUAGGGCUACGUCAUGCAGGAAAUUUGCCAGACAAAACAUCACCACCUUUCUCUCUUACAGACUUUGGAGGCAUUUAAUUUUUUAUUUUUAAUUUUUAAUUUUUAUUUUCAUCUAUUAUAAUUAUUACUUCACAUAAAUAAUAAUAAUAAUACAUAUUUAUUAUUUAUAGGUGGCUGUUUAAUUAUUAUAAAAUCAAAAUUAUGAUAUUAUUAUAUACUAGAUCAUCAAAAGAAAACUUUUUUUUUUCUUUCUAUUUUGGUUUCUCUAUGAUAUUCCUUUUUUAGCUUCUUUAAUUUGCAUUUUAUGGAAGGAAAAGAAGAAGGGGAUAUGGUUUGAGAAAUUGUAGCAUUAUGUGUCAUCAUGAUCUCAUCAGCUGGCUGGCUAGCUAGGUGUAGUGAUCUGUAAAAUUGUAUAAUAGGGUUUUUUGUACUUAAUUAAUUAAUGAAGGGUUUGUACCUAAUUAAUUAGAUAACACUUGAUCUAAUUGAUAACAGUUUUCUUGUAUGUUUUGUAGAUAGAAUCAAUUUGAACUCUGAUAGUUUUGAUCUUUUA